CUGUGGCAGUAAGUUGAGAUAGACUUUGACCUUUUAACUUAAUUUUAAUUAACUAAACAUAAAUUAGUUGUUCCGCCCAAAAAUAAUUUAUAUAAAGAUUACUAGGAAGUCAAAUUUAGAAAUGUGUUAACAAAUAACGUACGCAUAAAAGAAUUACUGUCACUAUUACCACAGUUGCUGCCACGUUAGGCAUAAUGGUUUUACUACUGUUCCUGAUGUGUUUAUUGGCCCAAGAUGCGUUUUGUAAUAACAACAUUACGUAUCGUUACACUAUCGGCCUACUUUAUGAAAACGGAUUAAUGCGAAAGGCAAUCGACGCUACAGCUCUGGCUGCAAGUUCUAACGAAUUUCAAAUACAUGUCGAACGUUUAUACGUAGAACCUGAUGAUGCUUUUGAGUGCUUAAAUUCGGCAUGUUACUUUAUUCUGAGGUAUCCAACGGUGGCAAUAUUUGGACCUACCUCGAAAAUUAACGUGGACGCAAUCCAGAGCCUUUGCAGCGCUAGAAAUAUCCCUCAUGUUUUAACCGAUUAUGUGGAUUCGCUUCAUGGCGAUACCCAAAUUAGUUUUUACCCUCACAUUGACCUAUUGACGGACGCGUACAUGGAUAUACUCUCUAGUAUGGACUGGAACCAAUUUACAUUUUUAUCUGCGUCUGGAUAUCGCACACCAUGGGUUAAAUUUAUCGAAAAGGCACAAAGUCAAGACUAUAUAUUUGAUAUUGAAUUCAUAGAUCCUCUGAAUCCUGAGCAGGAAAGGAGCAUCAUCCAAAAAUUAAAGAAUACUGGUAGAACAUAUUUUGUAGUAGACUGCCUUGAGAAAGAUACACUGAAUAUGUUGGCUCUUUUUCAAAAUUUUGGUAUGGUUACCGAGGGUUAUCACUAUUUUUUCACUAGUAUAGACACUUUCAAUGAAAGCAUAUCCACUUUUAUGUUUAGUGGAGCAGAUAUUAUCAAGCUCCAGUUAUUAGGUUCUAAUGUCUCUGAGCAUCCUCGUUUAAAAUCUUUGAAUAUCUCACAUUUACCAACAGUAUCAGAAGCUUUAACUUUUGAUGCGAUUGAGAUGCUCGCAAAUGUCUUGGACCAUUUAAAACCAGUUCAAAAUGAGAGUAUAAAUUGCGAAGAUGGCACACAGUGGGAAAAUGGUGAAUCAUUUAUGAAUUUUAUACUUUCCAGUUCCUACACAGGAUUAACAGGACAAAUAAACUUUGGAUCCGAUAGAUAUAGAAAUACUUUCGAAUUAUUCAUUUACAAGCUUAAGCCUGGUGGUAUGAUGCAAAUUGGAACUUGGAGCACAUCGAAUGGGCUUAAAUACACAGAACAACCAAGUUAUGAAGAAACUGUUGUUGAUGACUGGAGAAGCAAGCCAUUGGUGGUGGCUACAUCGCUGACAGAACCUUAUGCUAUGGAAAGACCGUCAGUAAGUGCCUUGCAAGGGAAUGAUAGAUAUCAAGGUUUUGCCAUAGAUUUAAUAGAAGAAAUAUCAAAAAUACUAAAUUUUAAGUACAUCAUUGUAAUAGGAAACCAGGGAACUGGUACACAAAGGUCUGGACGGUGGACAGGAUUGAUUGGAGACAUUCUAUCGGAGAGAGCAGAUUUAAUAGUAACAGAUGCCACUGUCACAUUCGAAAGAUUACAUGUUGUGGAAUUUACACAUCCAAUCAUGCAUACUGGUAUAACCAUCCUAUUUCAAAAACCGAUGGCCACGCCACCAAAGUUAUUUUACUUCGCUAGGCCUUUCUCUGCAGGGAUUUGGGUAGCAAUAGUCGUAGCAUUUGUGACGGUAUCAAUAAGCUUGUUUAUCGUUGGAAGAAUAUGUAACAGCGAAUGGCAAAAACUGAACGUUACUUCGAAUUACAGCAUUAGUCAACUGACCUUCCCAAACACUGUUUGGUUUGUUGCGGGAAGUCUCCUUCGGCAAAACACUCGAGUAAAAAUAAGAUCCAUUCCAGGUAGAAUUAUAGCGGCAGCGUGGUGGUUUCUUUGUGCAGUAGUGAUAGCAAUGUACAUAGCUUCACUAAUACUUUACAGGGAGGAAAAUUUUAAUAUGCUCUUCUCUGAUGUAGAAAGUCUUGUUAAAAAUGCACAAGAACAUGGCAUCAAGUAUGGAGCUAAGAAGGACGGAGCUACAAUGAAUUUCUUUGGGUCAUCUACAGACCCUUUGUACCAGGAAAUAUACCAACAUAUGACUGAAAAUGACGAAGAAAUGGUGUCAACAAUUGAGGAUGGCGUACAAAUGGCAUUAAAUGACAGAUAUGCAUUUUUCGGUGAGGAAACUACAAUCGAUUAUAUAACACAAAGGAACUGUCUACUAACAAAAUAUGGCGGCCUUAUUAACCAAAACUCGUUUGGUAUCGCCAUGAGGCCUGGUUCCCCCUACUUGACUGCGUUUAAUACGGCAAUCUUAAGGAUAAUCAGUAUGGGUAAACUGGAGGAACUGAAGAGAAAAUGGUGGAGACAUGGAAAUUGUGAUGUACAGAGCGAAGAACCUGAAGAAGUCAGCCCUCUCCAUAUAUACAACAUUUUAGGCCUUAUAUACACUGUUCUGUUUGGCGUAGCUCUGGCAGUAGUCAGUGCAGUAGUGGAACUUCUUAUCCACGUUCACAAAAAAAGCAAGAAACUAAAAGUUGGCUUCUUUAAAAUCCUCAAACUGGAGGUUAAACAAUGUUUUCAGGGGAACACGAAACCAGUUAUUGAUCGCAAUUUAAUCACUAAGCCUGUUCCUGAAAACGAGGAUAAUGGGACAACAUCUGAGGUUAUAGAAUUAUCGUAGAGUUUGACAACUGCACGAGAAUA